AUGGAUAAUUACCAUAUUUUAGAACGUAUUGGCGAAGGUUCUUUUGGUAAAGUCUAUCGUGGACGACGUAAAUAUUCUGGACAUAUUGUUGCGCUUAAAUUCGUGACAAAACAGGGUAAAAGUGCUCGCGAACUACACAAUCUGCGUCAAGAAAUUCAAAUUCUGCAACAGCUGGAACAUUGCAAUAUUAUUGCCAUCAUGGAUUUUUUUGAAACAGACCGCGAGUUUUGUAUUGUGACAGAAUAUGCGCAAGGUGAUUUAUUUCAAAUUUUAGAAGAUGAACAGAAAUUACCAGAAUUAGUGAUUCAAAAAAUCACCAUCCAACUACUUCAAGCUUUAUCCGUCCUCCAUGCAAAUUGUAUCAUUCAUCGCGACCUAAAACCUCCAAAUAUCCUCAUUGGAUCAAAGGAACAGAUUAAAGUAUGUGAUUUUGGAUUUGCACGUGCUAUGCCAGAUGAUUCAAGUAUCCUCAAGUCGAUUAAAGGUGUGAUUCUAUAUGAACUUGCAGUUGGAAGACCACCAUUUGAUACCGAUAAGAUUGUAGCGCUGAUGCAAAUGAUUAUUUGUGAAGAUAUCAAGUAUCCAGCAACAAUGUCAAUGAAUUUUCAAAGCUUUUUAAAAGGGUUACUGAAGAAAGACCCGAGUGAAAGAUUAACGUGGCCGGAGAUUUUUAAACAUCCAUUUGUGCAGGAAACACCGGACCAAGUGGAGACACGACUUCAACUGGAACGUCAAGUACGUGCUUUGCCACGUUUUUUUCAAGAUAAGGAGAAAUGUGAGAAGGAGGAGGAAGAAGUAGAAGAAGAGAAGGAGGAGGAGGAAGAAACGGUCAAGCCGAUCAUUGAACGUCUUCAUUUGUGUGAUGAAUGGAAUCGAUGCGAUCCAGAAAUAGGAAAGCACUUGCCGACACCGGAGCUGUCGGAGCAAGAUGAUAUCACGUUUGAUCAAGUUUUAUCGACGAAUCAAAGUAGCAGUCAUAGUCCUUUUGUAUCACUUGAGACGAACAAGUCAGCAGCUCACUUUGAGACUUUUCUCGGUGUGUGGGAUCGAAGCAGUAAAGAAAUGGAUGUGAAGAACGUGGACGCAGAGCUUAUGGCUACACCAUGGUUCACCAAUGCUGUGAGUCUGCUACCUGCAAUACCUUACCAGGAGCUUACAAACGAUACGACGAUCAAGAUUGGAUCACUUUUACAUCUCUUGAAUCGCUCUUUGGUGCUUGUGCUAAACAAUAUUGACAGUAUAGUCGACUUCAGUGGUUUGCUUGAAAUCAAUAACAACCUGCAUCGUUUUCUGACUCACCUAGUAGAUGCCAGCGAGGAAAUGAUUGCCAACAAGGAGCAAGUAAGUGACGUCAUCUAUAAGAGUGUGCGAUGCUGUAUGACAUGCACAACAAUCGUCAAUGAAGCUGACAUUGUUGUGGAGGAAAAGCACUUCGACUAUCGUGAGUUUUGCAAUGCUGAUGUUGCACUCGUAUCACAGAUGCUAUAUAAAACGAAUACUGUUGUCGCUACCUCUCACUCAAAAGCACUCAAGUGGCUGGGAUCAAUGAUUGAUGGAUCACAAAGUCUCGUAGUACUACUGGAAGUUAUCCACGCGUCGGGAACAAUCCAAAUCUUGUGCGAGAUUCUGCAUGCAUCCGGUAUAUCACGUGUUUCUGGGGGUAGCAGCAUGUUGAAUGACGGUCAGGAACUUGGUCUGUACGCACUUUUCGCACUAGCCGCUUUUGUUCAGCCUGAUGCAAAGUGUUGGGGCCCUUUGCAGCUUUUUCCUGUAAUGAGUUUGAUCCGCGAUGAUUCUGUCCCAAUGAAGAGCUCUGGUUUGCAAGAUGUAAAACACCUGUACAAGCUUUGCGUUAAAAUCCACACAGAAGUUGGCUCUCAGCUUCUUAACAGUGGUGGGAUAAGUAAUCUGAUUUCUUUGCUCGGAGAUGAAAUUGCCGAGCGUGGCAGUUAUGAUGGUGACACAGACGUAGAAGAAGAUGACGACGCCAAUCAGUCUACAAUUAGCUGCAUUUUAAAGAUCCUCGUGCAUGCAUGUCGAGCUUCUUCUUCUCUGUCCAAAAAGCUAACGAUAACGAAAGUUGUCUUGCAGAAUCGUGGCGACAGCGAUAUUCUAACGAUUCUGCUAUGGGGAACGACUUCAGCAGGCUUGCACAAGAAUGAACAAUACUUUGCAACGGAACUGUUGUCAGUCUUCCUGCGGCGUGGAAUUCUUUCAAAACCACAGAUUUGGCGCUGUGCGCAAACUUUGUUCCCACUACUUCUGAACGUGACUCAUACUGCUUUAUUGAGCGCGCUGAGCUCUUUUUUCGCUGAAGUGAUUGAAAUCUGCAAUAUUGACGAGUCCGUACUUGGCAGUGAUGGCAAUCCAGACGGAUUAGAUCCCCAGAGCAUGGAGCUAUGGAAUCUUGUUGUUCAUGGGGCUCUUACACAGCGCUGCUCCGAUGCAAUUUUCCAUUUAUUCAGCAACAGCGCAACAGGCGGGGAAGUCGAAAGUAUAAGGAAGCCUCAGGUGCUCACUAACUACAACUUGCGAUCACAGGGUCUGCUAGACUCAGGAAUUGUUUUUCUACUGCGCGUUGCGUCCAAAGCUUUAUCACAGGCGCCUUCUCGAAGUCAAAAUGAAGAAGAAGGCGUUACAAUGUCCGUCAAGAUUACAAUGUUUUUGGAUGUUUUCAUGCACGAUCGCGUGUGGAAAGUUUUUGAAGAUAUGAUGGCAAGUGGCGGAGGAGAUCAGUUGUCACCUUGGGGGUUGUUUUGCUUUUUGAAACUAUUGCGGAUUGUACAAGAGAUACAAUGCGAUGUGACGCAGAUAAAAGUCGCCCAUCUAUUACAGCAUUUAGUGAAUGCACUUGAGCUUAAGCAUAUUGAACACCUUUUUUACUGGCCAGAGGUAGUUGGAGGUGGAAGUAAUGCUGUAAAAGCGCUUGUACACGCUAUUGUGAAGGUUCUUGGUAUUCCAUUUAUGCGCAAUGUGUCGGAGGAGCUGCUCGUAAAUACUCAAGAAAUUCUGUAUAACUCGAAAUGCGUCGAGAAACUUCUCGGCGUCCUUUGCUAUGUUUUAUCCACAAGAGAGCUUCAGUUGGAGACGUCUGUACUGGAAUUACCAGUGAGUUUUUUGUCCCGUUUAGUAACGAGUUCGUCACAUUUUGGCUUACAAUUUGUGGAAGCUGAUGGUAUGUUGAUCAUCAAAGAAUGCAUCGCACUGUGCAGUAACUGCUCACCUUCACUUCUCAUCGACUUAUUGAUGAUUGUGAGUCAGCUUGCUCGUAGCUCGGAGACCUACUAUACCUGUAUUUUGACGGCAAAUCUUCUCCCUCAAAUCUACGAGCUGCUUCAGCACCCAGACGCGAUGGUCAGGGCAAAAACGCUGAACUGUAUUGGAAACUUAUGUCGCCACUCGACACUUUUCUACCACCAUCUUAUCACACCUCUUGAUGAACAUUCAGCUACUGACACUGUUCUGGAUGGAAUGAUUCGUGCGUUAUCUGACUCGGAGAAUUACGUUCGACGAUUUGCAUGUUCUGCUAUUGGCAAUGCAGCUUUCCAUAGUAGUGAACUGUACAAUGCACUGCGUCGUGCCAUUCCUCUUCUAGUUCAAAAUCUCCAUGAUGGGACGGAAAAAACACGGUCAAAUGCUGCAGGAGCUCUCGGUAACUUUGUUCGCAACUCUGAGGAACUGUACAAAGACCUUUGCGCUAGUCAAGUACCUUGGAAGCUACUUGAGCUUGCCAUGACGGAAAUGAAUACUGCUACACGUCGCAUUGUCAUUUUUUCUUUGGGUAACUUUUGUGCGUAUCCCGAGUGUUUGAACAUGCUCAUUGAUACCGAACCCAAUUUUAUUGAUACUCUCCAGUGCUUGUACGAUAAAGUCCUAGUCGACGAAGUGUCGAGACGAAACAUUUGCUGUAUUUUCUCAGCCAUUGAGGCACUGGAUCUCCUCGAAACGGAAUAA